AUGCCAGAAACAGUUCUGAUCCCCGCCGCCACUGCCCGUCGCUUCGGCACCGACGUCCUCGUCCACGGCAGCCUGUCGCAGAACCACGCCCAGAUCGUCGCCGACGCCCUGGUGCUCGCCGACCUGCGCGGCGUCGACACGCACGGCCUGAACCGGCUGCCGGGGUAUCUGGCGCGGAUUCGCUCAGGGGCGUUGAAUCCCUCGCCAGAGCUGCGGUUCGAGCAGCGCAGUCCUGUCUGCGCGUUGCUGGACGCGCAGCACACGUUCGGCUUCCUCGCCGCCCAUGCGGCGGUCGAGCGCGCGCUGGAGAUGGCAGCGACGUUCGGCGUGGGUAUCGUCGCCGUCAAGAACAGCGGGCACUACGGCAUGGCGGCCACGUAUCUCCUGCAGGCGAUCGAGGCUACGGAGCGAUGGCGUUCACCAAUGCUUCGCGCAAGAACGACAGACCCCAACCGGGCUCUCGAAGGCGUCGUCCUACCGAUCGGGGGCCCUAAGGGCUCCGGGCUGGCGAUGAUGAUGGACAUCUUCGGCGGGCUCAUCACGGGGGCGUCGUUCGCAGGCGGCGUGCACGACCAGUACAAGGAGGUCGACCAGCCGCAGGGCGUGGGCCAAUGGUUUCUGGUCUUCAAGCCGGAUCUGUUCCUCGACUCGCGGGACGAGUAUCGCGAAAGGAUGGAUACGCUGUUUUCGGCAGUCCGCUCUAGCCAGCCCGCUGCGGGCGUCGACCGGAUCUACACGCCCGGCGAGAUCGAGGAGGCGGAACGGCAGAAGCGUGAGCGUGAUGGAAUACCAUUUACGCGGGCAGAGAUCGACGCGCUGCACCGGCUGGCGGAGGAAUGGGGGAGCGCGAUGAGAUGUCCUCAUUCACUCCAUAUACCUAUCAACGAGGAAAGCAACCUGGUCAUGUCAUUUUUAUCUUUUUUGGACGAGGACGAGUAA